GCGUGUCAUUACCUUUCUCUUUUUCUUGUAACUAUUCCUCCGCCCUUUGUAGUUCGUCGCAUGCCCCCACGUUUUUUGAUUACACCCCCCACCAUGCAAGAGAUCAUGCCAGGUGGUAGCAUUAACAUCACUUGCGUCGCCGUUGGCUCGCCCAUGCCCUACGUUAAGUGGAUGCUUAACUCUGAGGACCUGACACCCGAGGACGAGAUGCCAUUGGGCAGGAACCUUCUGGAGUUAAAUGACGUCCAUGAGUCGGCCAACUACACCUGCAUGGCCAUGAGCAGCCUGGGCAUCAUCGAGGCUAAUUCCCAGAUCAUUGUAAAAUCCUUGCCAAAACCUCCAGGUACUCCUGUUGUAACUGAAACUACCGCCACCAGUAUCACCAUCAUCUGGGACAGUGGCAACCCUGAGCCCGUCUCCCAUUAUAUCAUCCAGUAUCGUGCCAAAUCUCCCGAGAGCAAGUUUGAGACCGUGGAAUCCAUCACCACCACUCGCUACAGCAUUGGAGGACUUUCUUCGAACACCGAUUAUGAGAUCCGGGUGUCAGCCUACAACACCAUUGGCCAAGGCCCACCUAGUGAACCGGUUGAGGCUAGGACUGGGGAGCAAGCUCCCGCCAGCCCACCACGCAACAUCCAGGCACGUAUCAUCUGCCAGAACACCAUGAUGGUACGCUGGGAUGAACCCGAGGAGCCCAAUGGACAGAUCAAGGGUUAUCGGGUCUACUACACCAUGGACCCAUCUCAGCCCAUGAGCAUGUGGCACAUCCACAAUGUACAGGACAGCGUGAUCACCACCAUUCAGAGUCUGGUGGCCACUGAGACCUACACCAUCAGAGUGUUAGCCUUCAAAUCAGUAGGAGAUGGACCCUUCUCAGAUCCCAUUAACGUCAAAGUGCUUCAAGGAGUCCCUGGACAGCCGACCAACUUCCAGGUUGGUGAGGUGUCAGACACGAGUGUUGAGCUAACAUGGGAACCGGCCUUCGAGAAGGAGGGAAUCAUCAGUUACGAACUGCAUUACAGAGAGGGCAGGCAGGAAUCUCAGGUAAAGAAAACAUUCGGCCCAACCUCUUCCUAUGUGGUGGAGGGUCUACGUGCAAAUACAGAGUACUUCUUCUCUCUGGCUGCCGUCUCCAACAAAGGCAUUGGAGCCUUCACCAACGAAAUAUCCCAAAGGACAUCCCAAGCCAGUAUGUAG